AUGAGUUGGUCAGACUACACGCGUGAGGAAGCGGAGCAGUCGAAAACGCCCAUCAAGGACUCUCCAAUUCCCAAAGGAUUGAUUAGGGGACGCUUUGACAACGCAGUGUACGAUUCAACAUCACGACCAAUGAAACCAAAACGAGAGUACCACCACCUCCUCCCGGAUCUAAACCUGGACAACAUUGUACAGAAGACCAGUCCGGAUGUGACGAAGGGCAUGGGAUUCACGAACGAAAAAAGGAAAAAAGAAGAAAGAAAAAAAGAGCCGCCUCCGGCUCCACCGCCGUCUAUCAACUCUGAGUCUGGCGCCUACUCGAAUGAACCUACGGGCUCUGCUUCCCUUAAUGUAUCCGAAAUGGCGCUUCACAAGACAGUGUCUCAGGAGGAUUCUUGCCAGGAGGGGGCGGGUUAA